CUUUAAUAUACCGUGAUGGCCGUUCUAGUCGUACUGCUCGUGGGUGUUGUCACCCUCGUCGCGUGGUUUGUGCAUCAAAACUUCACCUACUGGAAGCGUCGCGGCAUUCCCCAUGAGGCUCCCAGCAUUCCCUUCGGCAAUACUAGGGAGUUGAUGAAGUCCAUGCAAAUAUCGGAUAUUUUCAAGCGGACCUACUUCCAGUUUAAGAACAAGACCGACGGACCCUUUGUCGGGUUUUAUAUGUACUUCAAGAAGAUGGUUAUUGUCACGGACAUUGAUUUCGCCAAGACUGUGCUGAUCCGCGAGUUUGACAAGUUCCACGAUCGAGGCAUAUUCCACAACGAAGUGGAUGACCCGCUGACCGCCAACUUGGUGAACAUCGAGGGGCAGAAGUGGAAGACUCUGCGCCAGAAGCUGACUCCCACAUUUACCUCCGGCAAAAUGAAGACCAUGUUCCCCACCAUCUUGGGGGUCGGCGAUGAGCUGGUCAAGGUGUUCGACCAGAAAUCUGCGGCGAGUAAGGAUGCCUUGGAGAUCACAAAUAUACUGGCUAGUUUCACCGCCGAUGUGAUCGGAACCUGUGCCUUCGGCUUGGACUGCCACAGCUUGACGGAUCCCAAGGCAGAAUUUGUGCAAAUGGGUACCGCUGCCAUUACCGAUAGACGCUAUGGGAAGUCGAUGGACCUGUUUCUGUUCGGAGCCCCGAAACUGGCGGCCAAGCUGCGCAUGAAGCAGAGUGUCCAGAAAGUCGAGGACUUUUACAUGAAUAUCAUCAAGGAUACGGUGGACUAUCGCGUGAAGAACCAGGUUAAGCGAAAUGACUUUAUGGACAUGCUGAUUGAUAUGAAGCUAAAAUACGAUAAUGGUGACAAGCUAAAUGGCCUAACCUUCAACGAAAUCGCGGCCCAGGCUUUCAUAUUUUUCCUGGCUGGUUUCGAAACCAGCUCCACAACCAUGGGAUUUGCUCUUUAUGAGCUGGCGUGCAACCAGGAUAUUCAGGACAAACUUAGGACGGAAGUGGAUGGCGUUCUGGAGAAGCACAAUGGAAAACUGGACUAUGACAGCAUGCGGGAGAUGACCUAUUUGGAAAAGGUCAUUGAUGAGACAAUGAGAAAACGUCCCGUAGUGGGUCACUUGAUAAGAGUCGCAACUCAACGCUAUGAGCACAGCAAUCCAAAGUAUUACAUUGAAGAAGGCACCGGAGUGAUCGUGCCCUCCUGGGCCAUCCACCAUGAUCCCGAGUUCUACCCGGAGCCAGAGAAGUUCAUCCCAGAGCGGUUCGACGAGGAGCAGGUGAAACAGCGACCCGCCUGCACCUUCCUGCCCUUUGGAGACGGUCCCCGGAACUGCAUAGGUCUUCGGUUCGGACGGAUGCAGGUCAUAGUGGGAAUGGCCCUGCUCAUCCACAACUUCAGGUUUGAGUUGCACCCCACCAAGACGGUCGUACCCCUGGAGUACAGGACCGAUGACAUUCUGUUGAGUUCAAAGGGCGGAAUUCAUUUGAAAGUCAGUAGGAUUACAAAGACAUAAAGAUUAUUAACCACAGUAGUUACUUGGCUCUGCCAAGAUGAAGCAGUUCUCUUUAUAAAAAGUACACUUACGGAUGAUUUUCGCAUACAGUUGAUUGUGAUAUUUAGCCCGCCCUCAGGUUUAGGUAUAAGUAUUUCUAUAUUGGGAAUCGGUCAAGCCCCGUGGGAAAACUUAUAUUUUUAUUUAUAUUUAUUCAGGGUGAAGAAAACGGAAUAUUUAUGACUUAGUAAUAACCAAGAGGUCAGUCAAUCAAGUAUUUUAUUAUUAAAUUAUGUAUAUUCGUCAAUAUUAGAAUAAAAUGUGUGAACAUGAAAUAUUCAUGUUUAUAUUAGUAAUGCUAUUUCAUACUAACAUAAUCAAGAACUAUUUGUGCGUGUUGUGUUAAGACUAAAUACAAUCUUGCGUUCUAAAAGUU